AUGGCCGCGCGAUGCGACAGCCCCGACUUCUCUGACUUUGAGCAAGUCGACGUUCCCGAGAUUCCGCAAACCCCGCUGCUAUCAAGCAGCCAUGAACUUUCAGUCUCCUCCUCAACAGGAGAUGGCCACCCGCCUUGGCAGGGCCAUCGAGACAAACUGGUUGGCCUCGUUGACAUGGGAAGCAACGGGAUUCGAUUUUCCAUCACCGACCUCUCCGACCCAUUGGCCCGAAUACUCAAUCCCGUCAUAGUAUACCGCUCGUCCAUCUCCCUCUACGACGCGCAGUUUGACCCCGAGACCGGGGACCAGAUCCCCAUACCCGAGACUACCAUCACCGCCGUGUGCGAAGUCCUCCAACGCUUCAUGGUGGUGUGCAAAGACUUUGACGUCCCCGAGGAGCACAUCUACCUUGUGGCCACGGAAGCCACCCGCCUGGCCAAGAACUCGGCGCAGCUGCUCCAAUCCAUCAAAGAAGCCACCGGCAAGAAUGUCGAGUUGAUUGAAAAGGAAAUGGAAGGCCAGAUAGGCGCGCUGGGCAUUGCAAGUGGCUUCCUGACCAUGGAAGGACUCGUCAUGGAUCUCGGCGGAGGCAGCACCCAGAUUACCUGGAUCAUCAGCCGGCAGGGCCACAUCAGGACGAGCACAAACGGGAGUGUUAGCUUUCCAUACGGAGCGGCAGCCCUCACCAAGACGCUCGACGACAUCAGGAAGGGAAAGGAUGAAAAGGACGCCGACCACGCGGUAGAGCAGCUGCGCAAAGAAAUGGUGAGUAAUUUCAGGGAUGCGUACCAGCGGCUUCAGGUCCCUCAGGCCAUGGUGGAGGAGGCGCAGAGAGAAGGCGGAUUCCGCAUCUAUCUCUCUGGAGGUGGCUUCCGAGGAUGGGGUUACCUACUUCUGUACCUCAACCAAUCCCAAGGAAAACACUAUCCCAUAUCAAUCAUCAACGGCUACACUGUGGGAAGAGAGCAGUUUGAAGACACAAAGUCGAUAGAAAAGGCCGCCAAGGCGGCUCGUGAUAUAUUUCGCAUCUCGGAUAGAAGACGCUCCCAGGUCCCCGCCGUCGCUUUUCUGGUCAAUGUUCUUGCCGAGGCGAUCCCUCUUGGGAUCAGGGAAGCGCAUUUCUGCCAGGGUGGUGUGCGGGAGGGAUACCUGUUCAGACAACUUGCUGCGAGGAUCCGAAGAGAGGCCCCUCUCGAGGUCAUCACCAGGAAUUUUGCACCGGGAUCCAGGCUCCAGAUCCAAGAGCUCAUCAGGGGAGCCAUCCCAAAGCCGUCCAAGGACGCUACCAGGAGAUUCCCGCCAGACUUUGGCGGCCAUGUCAUGGAGGCCUUUACCAACGUCAUGUACGUCCACAUGUUCAUGUCGAAAGAGACGGCUUCCACGGCGGCGCUUUACUCGACGAGCUCCGGGAUCCUGGCAUCUACGCUUGGCGUGUCUCACCAAGACCGUGCGCGGCUCGCUCUCAUGCUGCAAGCUCGGUAUCGCGGGGAACUGCCACCCCGCGAGGUGGAGUUCCGCGAUGCCCUCCGGGGCAUCAUCAGCCCAGAGGAUGUCUGGUGGGCUCAGUACCUGGGAAGGGUUGGCUUUGUUAUAACCUGCUUGUAUCCCUCGGGCAAGGUGGACCCGGCCAAUUUGAAGGUUCUCUUCUCCUCGUCGUGGUCGUCGACCCUGGGGAAAAAGGGAACCAAGGAAGGCCUUGUGCUCAAGAUUUCUAUUCGAAAGGUCAAGCACGACCCGGAGAAGUUGAAGAAGCUUGUGACGGAUAACUUGAAAGUAAUUGAAAAGUCAGGGAAGAAGAAGAAUUGGGCUGGCAAGGACCAGUCCUGGGGGAUGAAAGUUGAAGUGAGGGUAGCUGAGGAACAAAUACUGUAG